UCAACUUCCUAUUGUUUGCAUCAGACUGAGGCUGUCUGCGGUGUGUGAGUGAGUGUGAGAGAGAGAGAGCAGAAUCGGCCACCAAUUUAUCGUGUAAUAGUAUAUAUAGCCAUUACAUUUGCGGUCAUUCAAGUUCAGCCCAAACUAUUUGUAUGCCAUUGGAUUAAAAGCCUCUCAGGACGCGACAACUAAACCUCGAUGAUGGAGGAAGAUCAACCCAGAACCUUGUAUGUGGGGAAUCUGUCCAGGGAUGUCACCGAGCCCCUUAUUCUACAGGUCUUCCAACAGAUAGGACCUUGCAAGAGCUGUAAAAUGAUAGUUGAUACAGCUGGAAAUGAUCCAUACUGCUUUGUGGAGUUCUAUGACCACAGGCAUGCUGCUGCCUCUUUGGCAGCAAUGAAUGGAAGGAAAAUAAUGGGUAAGGAGGUCAAAGUCAACUGGGCUACGACGCCAACCAGCCAGAAAAAAGACACAAGUAAUCACUUUCAUGUCUUUGUUGGAGACCUCAGCCCAGAAAUAACUACAGAAGACGUCAAAGCUGCCUUUGGUCCAUUUGGCAGGAUAUCAGAUGCUCGAGUUGUGAAAGAUAUGGCUACGGGGAAAUCUAAAGGCUAUGGCUUUGUGUCUUUUUUCAACAAAUGGGAUGCAGAGAAUGCCAUACAGCAGAUGGGAGGUCAGUGGUUAGGUGGCAGACAAAUUCGAACCAACUGGGCCACAAGAAAGCCCCCUGCCCCAAAGACCACCUAUGAAAGUAACUCCAAGCAUCUAUCCUUUGAUGAAGUAGUCAGUCAGUCCAGUCCGAGUAACUGUACUGUGUACUGUGGGGGAGUCAGCACAGGACUUACAGAGCAACUGAUGAGACAGACCUUCUCUCCCUUUGGACAAAUCAUGGAGAUCAGAGUUUUCCCUGAUAAAGGCUACUCGUUUGUGAGGUUUAACUCCCAUGAGUCAGCAGCCCAUGCAAUUGUGUCGGUGAAUGGCACUUCAAUAGAGGGCCACAUAGUCAAAUGCUACUGGGGUAAAGAGACCCCGGACAUGAUGAAUCCAAUGCAGCAGGUGCCUAUUCCCCAGCAGAACAAGAUGAGCUUCCCUGCAGCCCAGCCCUACGGCCAGUGGGGCCAGUGGUACGGCAACGGGCCCCAGAUCAGCCAGUAUGUCCCCAACGGGUGGCAGGUCCCCACCUACGGAGUCUACGGCCAGGCCUGGAACCAACAGGGCUUCAAUCACUUACCGGCCAGUGCUGGGUGGACUGGCAUGAGCGCCAUCAGUAACGGUGGGGUUAUGGAGCCUACACAGGGAUUGAAUGGGAGUAUGCUAGCCAACCAGCCCGGUAUGGGAGCCGCAGGAUACCCCACACACUGAUAAGUGGGCAGGGUGGGAGAUUUUUCAACCAUCAGCCUCUUAGUGGCUGUACAGUGCCCUGCAGGGCUGUGUAACACCGCCUCCAAUUGUGGCAGGACUAAGACUUUUUCUGGGAUGUGGAACCUAAUGGGAAGGUUGACAUCUAUAAGAGUUGUAAAUGGGAAUUCAUGGGGGGAGGGGGGUUGAGGUAACGGGAGCCAGGGAGGAGCGAUUUGACCCACACAGGUAUCUACUCCCUUUGUGGUAGGCAAGACUGGCCACGAUCCAGGGCUCGUACCAUUUUUAAGUUAACUGUAAAUGAGUAUAAACUGUAAAGGAGAAACUUUUUGGAUUUUUUUUUCGGGUUUUACAAAUUGCUUCCAUUUUCACAUCUUUCCUCUCACACAGCCACAGAGAGGUCUGUCAUUUUUUUAAAGAAACUGAUAAAGUUUGAGACGUGCUAAGUUAUGAACCUUAGUUAUUUUUUGAGGAAUGGAAAUCUGUUUAAUUUGUUAUCAUAAUCUCUUGGAUUAAAAUCAAUUGCAGGGAUUAUUGCCACUGCUGUUUCUCUGUAAGGGCAGAUAAAUAUUGCACAGUUUUUUCCUCUCUUGUACUUGGAAAAAUUUGACUACCAAGAGUGUUUUCCUUUUUGCAUUCCAUUUCUCCUUCAUAUCUUUCAGACAGCCUCAAAACCUUUCGCCACAUGUAAAUAACCAUUCAUUCAUUUGAAACAAUGUAAGUAAAAUGCUACUGUUAACUGUGGGUGCUUGCUUUCUUUUUUGUUUUGAUAACUCAACAGUUAACUCCAACAUUGUACGUAGCAGAGUGGCACUAUAAAUGUGACACUGGCACAGUGCAACAAACAAUUUUUUCCAUGCAGGGAUAACAUGGCUUUGCCAUUUAGUACUUACAUAAAAUUGAACACAAUUCAAAUGUUAAAGGGUGAACAUGUUUGACACUUCUGAUGGUUUUUAAAUGUGUUUUGAAACGCCAGUAUUUUAUAUCAAAAAAUCUGAGUGGAUUCAACCUUUACACUUGCUCUUUUUGCCAGAGAAAUGGGGAGGCCUACAUUGUAACUGUUGCCUUAUAGAGCUGGUUUCUUUUACCUGACGAGAUACUCUUUUUAAUUAGGCAGUGCCUACAGACAUUUUCAGACCCUUUUGUUUAGAAAGGUGUUAGCCCUGAGAACUGACGACUCUGCUACUGUAAUCAAUGUUUUCUUGCUUUGUCCAAUUAAAAUGCUAAUGCACAUAAACUACGGUGUUUGUUCUU